UGGACAAACACAGCCGUCACAAAAAAAAAAAAAAAUCCAGUACUAAAAACUGAUUGGCCUUCGCUCCACUCUUAGACCCACCUCACUAACUCUCUGAUUGGACUGCAUCACUGUGGAAGUAUCAGUCAAUAGUUUUUUCGCUCAGUGACACUGCGGCUGUAUGUCCGGACAUGUAGAUCUCAUAGCGGCUUGGCCUUUGUUAGCGAGUCGGUGAGAAGAACCAAGGAAGCCGGAGGAGCCGCAUUCAUGCGCUUACAGGGAGGAAAAUGAUCAUCUGCACGAAAAACAUGGAUUAUGGCCUUGGAACACAGUAUCAGUUUGUUCAAAAUCAGGUGAUGGUGAACUCUGAGAAAGACCGUGCUUCUCUCUUGUGUAUGAAGGUUCUGGCCAACAGGGGGCGUCUGGACAUGGUGUCUCAGCAGAUGGCCUCUCACCCACAGUACCUGGAAAGUUUCCUGCGCACACAGCACUACAUCCUCUAUAUGGAUGGCCCAUUGCCCCUGCACUACCGCCACUACAUUGCCAUCAUGGCUGCAGCGCGGCAUCACUGUAGGUACCUGGUGUCUCUGCACUCGGCUCAGUUUCUGCGUGUUGGCGGAGACCCGUUAUGGCUUCAGGGGUUGGAGGCCGCACCCCCGCGUCUACGGCACCUUGAUCACAUCAACAAGGUCCUGGCCCAUCAGCCUUGGCUCACGGCACGCUCCCACAUACAGGCUCUGCUCAAGACAGGAGAGCAGUGCUGGUCUCUGGCUGAGCUCGUUCAGGCCGUGGUUGUACUGGCCCACUGUCACUCCCUUUGCAGUUUCGUUUUCGGUUCUGGUUCUGACUCGGACAUCACUCCCACUCCCAGAGUGCAUCACGGCACGCCUCCUGGCUACUGUCUCUGUGACGCUGCCAACGGCAACACCGCCUUAUCGCCACCCCCUGCUGGACCCACAGAGAAGUCCUUAGACUCCAGCUGUGAAGUUGCUUGCCUUCGAGAACAAAUUCAAAAAUCACAGGAGGAGAUCAAGGAAAGAAAAGGAGACCGACUCCAUUCACAGACACUCCCACAUGCAGAUGUGGAGGAGGAGGACGAGGCGAUGUUCUCCGCAGACCCCUCCCGCUUCGUCACAGACCCAGAAUUCGGCUACCAGGAAUUUGCCAGACGGGAGGAGGACCAUUUCCAAGUAUUCCGGGUGCAGGACUAUUCAUGGGAGGAUCACGGCUUCUCGUUGGUGAACAGGCUCUACUCUGAUAUAGGGCACUUGUUAGACGAGCGAUUCCGCAAUGUGGCCUCCCUCCCUUUCCCUCACAGCCCCGAUCUCAAACGAGCCAUCUGGAACUACAUUCAUUGUAUCUACGGCAUCAGAUAUGAUGACUACGAUUAUGGGGAAGUCAGCCGGUUACUGGAGCGUGGACUGAAACUUUAUAUUAAAGCUGUGGCCUGCUAUCCUGACUCCAGCAAGACCCCUCUAUGCCCACUGUCCUGGGCCCCUGUCAAAGCUUCAGACAAGGUUCAUGUAAAUUUGUUAGUGAUGGAGGCACGUCUGCAGGCCGAGCUGCUGUACGCACUCAGAGCCAUCACUCAAUACAUGAUCGCAUAGGACACGAGCGUUCAGCGCCACAGAGGGACAUGGUACAAAGAAAUACAAGCAGAGAUCUGUCUCUCCGUCUCUGUAUUUGUUGUCUCUGAGUUUACCGGUGUGAUGUAAGGUACUGCUGUGAAACAUUUCUGUGCCAAAGGUGAAACUUUAGAAGAAAAAAGGUGUAAAGCAGUCGCUCUCACUGUCCUUUGCAUGUGUUUCUCCUACUUCAUGUUGUUUCUGUAGUUGUCCUUUUGUCUGCGGACUCUUCUUUUGCUACCUUUCCUUUUUUUUUUUAGUAUCUUUAUCCCGGAUGGUUA